AUGUCUGGUGACCGCUCUCUUUCAACCGCACUAUCGAAAUCAUUGGCCAUUGAUGAUGGCGAGAGCGAUAUCGACUCAAAUGAUGACGAAAGCUCCUCAACAUCCACCCUGGUGACCAAGACGGACUCCUGGUUUUCAAUCAUUGCAAAAUUCCAUGUCACCAUCGGCCGCAUCUACAAGUCUGUGCGAUGCAUUCGCAGAUCUCAAGCGUCAAGAAACGCCAAACCAAAGGCUACCUUACGAUCAUAUGUAAAAAGGCACGACGCAGAACUUGAAAAAUACUAUACCAAACAGGUACUACCCAAAAUUGAUGGAACUAGUCAGGCGAGUGGCCCUCUUGUGCUGCAAACAAUUGCAGUCUCUUCUUACUACGUUGGGCUUGUCCUGCUAUAUCGCACUUUUAUCGAGCGAUUCAGCGCAGCCGAGCCUGAGAUAUUUCUUCGAUGUGCCGAAGCAGCAUCCAACUGCAUCAAAGCCACCCCCCAAGUACUUGCGACCAUUCCCGCGAGCCAUUUUGUCAUCCAACAAGGUCGUGCAAUCUAUGCCGGCGCCAAAGUUUUGCUACAUUGUAUGCGAUUGGCUCGGAACCCGACUUUUACCAGCAAGGCGUUGCCAGAUGUACAGAAUGGCCUCAACCUGUUACAAAACAUCAAGAUCAAAUGGCCUGAGCUCAAGAAAUACCAGCUUCGACCGAAGAAGAUAUUCAAAUGA